GGUCCUGCCAUUUGCGCUAAAGAUGCCGAAAACCAAUUCGUAUUUCUUGUUAUUCUUGGCUUUUGUGGUCUUCGAUGAAGUGAAGUCUGAAUUCUGUUUGGGUUCAGACUUUGAUCCGCACAUUGAAGUCAAUGAUUCCGCGAUCGACACCUCUAUUAUACUCGAGUCCUCGCCGUUGAUGUCGAAGACAUGUUCUGUGAGACUGAGUCUGUCUUCACAAGUGGACGGACUUAUUGUAUCGGUUGACGACAUUUCGAUGAUUAAUUCCAACAAAAGUUGUGACAAUUUCAUCCAAUUUGGUUCGUCUCCAGUGGCCAAAUGGUGUCAAUCAUCGGACGCCCAAACCCUCAUAUUUUCCGAUUCAGGCAUUGAUAUUGCAUUCAAUUUCCCAUUCAAUAAUGGCUCGUAUUUCAAGUUAAUUAUAACUCCAUUCAAAAAGCCAGCACUCAAUGAAUGUGAAUCCAAUGCUCCCUACAAAUGUGUCAAUUCGAGUCAAAUUCUGUGCAUUUCCGAUGGAUUUAGCUGUGAUGGUAUAGACAACUGUCCCAAUGGAAGUGAUGAAAAUGCC